AUGAAAAUAAUUUUCCUGUACUUUGUCUUGCUCUCAUCGUGUGCCAGCUGUGCAUCUCGUGGUCUCUUAAGUAAUUUACAAUGUUCGGUCUUGCUGAAUUACGAAUCGAAUUCUGACUCAUCAACGGCUUGUAUUUUUUCCGGAGUGUUUGGCAACACGAGCAUCACUUUUAACAUCAUUCCGACGUUCGAGGGACUGCCCAUUGACUUGGAUUCGUUCGAAAUUUUGGAGUUUGUUGAUUCUUGGGUCAGUAGAAUCCCGCCAAAUUUGCUUCAAACGUUCAAAAAUACCGAAAUAUUGAUCAUGAAGAACGUUUCGCUUGGAAGUGUUACUGACCUUGAUGCUGGCGUUCGUUUGCGGGAACUUUUCUUGAGUCACAAUCACAUAAAAAAUAUCGGAGAAAUGGCUUUUUACUGCAAUAAGGAACUGAAUUACGUGGAUUUGUCACAUAAUGAGAUUCAAAAUUUAAAGUUGCAUACUUUUUUGUACACGAAAAAGAUGAAAUAUUUGGAUUUGUCGCAUAACAGGCUCAAAAGUAUCCCGAACGCCUUUUUUUAUCUCAAAAAAUUGGAAUAUCUCGAUAUUUCGUAUAAUUUGUUGAUGGCACUUUAUUCAACGGACUUUUAUGGCAUGCACGACGUUGUGACGCUAAAAAUUGAGGAAAAUUUAAUUAAAGAAGUUUCUCCGACGACUUUUACUUCGAUGCCAAAACUCACCUCUUUGUCCUUACGGAACAAUUCCAUCUUUGAUAUCAUCCUAAAUUUCACAAAUCCUCGAAUUUUUGCUGUCGAUCUCAGUUUAAACUUCUUAUGGGAGCUCGAAAUCCUUCAAUCUGUGCGGAAAAUCGAUGCCUCGCAUAAUAAAUUGAGCUCUUUGAUCCUCGGAAAAAAUAUUUCCAUUCACGAACUGAAUUUAAGCUACAAUUUAUUCAAAGAAACGACGUCAGUGAGACAAUUAAGCAGCUUAAAACGACUUUAUAUGGCGGGAAAUCAACUUACUCACAUCAACCAUCGAUCGUUUUAUUCGUUGACGGACCUUGUUGAAUUGAAUCUCGCGGAUAAUUUAUUAAAACACUUGGAUUUGGGUGCUUUGCAACACAUGACUUUGUUAAAUCACAUUUCCAUAGCCGACAAUGACGUGAGUUUUAUUCGAAUUCCAUUAAAUGAAACAGUUUUGAAGGAUUUGGAGACAAUUGAUGUCACAAGAAACAGUUUCAGUUGCAAUUAUUUGGUGAAAUUGAUGCAUGACUUGAACGAACGUGGAUGGCGGUUGGUAAGUCGAGAAGUUGAUCCUGUGAGUAAUUUUUUGAAUAUUCCGUGCUACAAUGAAAAUGAUCUGCAAGCGUGUCGUCGUGAAAUGGAUGAGCUUCAGGUGAAUUUUGCGGAACAAAUUACCAAGUUGGAGGAGCAAAUUGGAGCCUUGUAUGCCAGAAUUGAGAAUGAAGCCACGAGAGUUGCGGGAAGACCUUUUUAUCGAAAAGGAAAAUGA